GACAGCUAGGGUUGGGACUAAGGGUGGAUCGAUGUCCGGAGGCUGCGAGUGGCGCCCUCUCAGAGGCCCGGACGUCAGUGCUCGAACAACAACGGCCAAACUCGCUCGCGUUCAACCCUUAACAAUACGGGCUAGGCCUUUCAGCACGCAGAGCCGCUAUAAGACCUUAAGUUUGGUUCAUUCACACGGAGCGCGCGCGAGCGUGCGAUCGCUUGGUAUGCGCUAGCGCGUCGUGUCAUGCCUUUGACAAGGCGUUCGGCGGACACACUACGCAUCAGUGUUACGAUAGCCGGCUACCAUUUAAUGUGCCAAGUUUCAAUUUCAUCAACGCUCUCACUUUGCAAGUAGUCGCACGUGUGUCUCAGCACGCAGCGAGACUGCAGACUAUAUAAUAUUUAAAACAACAGUUCAAUAGCUGGCUGGCUGACAACUAAACGGAUCAUUUUUUUUUUUUAAUUUGAAGUUGUUUUGACAUUGAAAUUGUAAACUGUGACACAGUGUAGACAGUGGAUCGUUAGUAAAGCUUUUGUUAUAACUGGAGUGUCAGAUAGUGCAAAAUGACGUCCAGAUCCAAGGAGAAGGUGGCGGCAGCUUUCAGGAAGCUGUUCCGAUCUCCGGAGAAGCUGGACAAUGAAGCCGCCGGACCAAGCGGCUCUCCGGCCCGUCGAGGUUUAUUUCGUCGACACAGAGACGGCGUUAGCCCGGCGGAAGCAGCUGUUAGUUUGCCUUCAAGCCCCGCUUCCUCGAACCUGUCUAAGAAGAAGGCGGGCUGUGCUAACGAAGUUAGGGAGAGAGCUGCUGGAGUGCGCACAAGGAGACUAAUGAAAGAACUUAAAGAAAUACAGCGCCUACAAGAACACCGACCUAAUCCAGUCUUCACGGUGGAGCUUGUAAAUGACAACUUGUUCGAGUGGCACGUGAGACUCCAUCAGAUUGAUCCUGAAAGCGAUCUGGCGUCAGACCUGAGAGAGAUGAGCAUCCCCAACAUUCUGCUCCAUCUCAUCUUCCCUGAGAACUUCCCCUUCGCCCCGCCCUUCAUGCGUGUCAUAGAACCGCGAAUAGAAAAAGGAUUCGUAAUGGAAGGUGGUGCCAUUUGUAUGGAACUGUUGACGCCUCGCGGCUGGGCGUCCGCUUAUACUGUGGAGGCGGUGGUUAUGCAGUUCGCCGCUUCGGUGGUCAAAGGCCAGGGUCGUGUCGUCCGCGCCCCGGCUCGCUCCUCCCGGGAAUUCUCGCGCAGGAGAGCCGAGGAGGCCUUCAGGUCGCUGGUUAAGACCCACGACAAAUACGGCUGGGUCACACCCUCGCUGUCCGACGGUUGAAAACCUUGGAUGCAGACAUUCGACUUUAAUGCAGAAUGGAUCUCUCGUAGUAAUUAAAUUCGAUUUAAUUGAAAUAAUUUUAGUUGUAUCGAUUUCUAAAUAAUAUAUACUUGUCUUAAAUAAAAAAAAAACUUGUCUUCGAAAACAAUUAAACAUUAAAUGUUUUUAAACUUUUUUAAUGUACUUAGUAAAAUUAUCUCUGGGGCUGAACUUUGAAGUUCAAGAGGAAUUUUUAAAUAAAAUUAUAGUAUUGCCAUAUAAUAGAUUAUAAAUAUAGUUUUUUUUGUAAAUAUUGCGUGCCAAAGAAGAAAUGUACUUUGCUCAUUGUAAUGCCACACAUUUUUUAAAAAAUAACUACCUAAUCCGUUUUCAAAUGUUUUCGUCAUAAAAAUCAAAAGUAAUAUUUCCGUCCCCGUGUCAUUUUAAACCUUUUUGAUAAUAUUAAAAAAAUACCUUCCCAUUUGUGGGGUGAAGGAGACUCAAUUUACCUAUUUCUAUUAAUAUUGAUAAUUAUGUAUGUGCAAUUCAUCUUUUUUGCUGUGUAAACAUUGUAUUGUACUUUUAGAAGUACUCAAAUGUAGAUGAAAAAUGUGAAAAAAAGGCUUGUGGCGAUGUUUUAGUCUAUAGGAAUAUUAAGUAAAGUCUAAAUUGAUGUUGUUAAUUUAAUUAGUAAACCAAAGAAAGAUGUUUAUUUUUAUGUGAAAUGAUUCAGUGCAACAUGUGUAUAGCUGAAUUAUAUGUACAAUGUUAUGAGUGUAAUAAAUUACUUGCUCAAUAA